CGGAAGCGCUGUCCGCCCCUGUCCCGGCGGCGGCAGGGGAGCAGGAGGCGGGCAAGUGCCGGGUCGGGCCUUUCCCCUCCUCUCCCCGCCGGGCCGAGGGCAGCGGCGGCGGCCUCUGCAUACCGGGGAGGUGCCUUUGGCGGGGAGAACGCCUCGUCCGUCCGGGGCGGGCCCCGCCGAAGCCGUUUGAACCCGUCCCGAGCUCCGGCGCCGCCGCCGCCGCCGUGUCUGUCAGGGGCAGAAGCGGCGGGGCGGAGUGCGGCGAGUGGCUCGAGAGGUUUGGUCGCUGCUGUGACUUUCCUUGCAGCUGCGAUGGCGGAAGCCUCCGUGUCCCCGCUGAAGCACUUCGUGCUGGCUAAGAAGACGAUCACUGCCAUUUUCGACCGGCUGCUGGACUAUGUCUCUGAGGGCGCAGCCUUUGUGGAAGCAACAUACAGGAACCCAGAGCUUGAACAUAUAGCAACAGAAGACGAACUUGCAAAGAUACAGGCAUAUAAAAAGAAGUUAGCAGUCAUUGGUGAGGUGCUUUCACGGAGACACAUGAAAGUGGCAUUUUUUGGCAGAACAAGCAGUGGAAAAAGUUCAGUUAUUAAUGCGAUGCUGUGGGAUAAGGUACUUCCCAGUGGGAUUGGCCAUACGACUAACUGCUUUCUCAGUGUGGAAGGGACAGAUGGAGAUAAGGCUUACCUUAUGACAGAAGGAUCAGAAGAAAAGAAGAGUGUCAAGACAGUCAAUCAGCUUGCUCAUGCGCUUCACAUGGAUAAAGAUUUGAAAGCUGGCUGUCUUGUCCAUGUCUUUUGGCCCAAGUCAAAGUGUGCCCUGCUGAGAGAUGAUUUGGUUUUAGUGGACAGCCCUGGCACAGAUGUCACCACAGAACUAGACAGCUGGAUUGACAAGUUCUGUUUAGAUGCUGACGUGUUUGUCUUGGUUGCCAAUUCUGAAUCAACUCUCAUGAACACGGAAAAACAUUUCUUCCAUAAAGUGAAUGAACGACUUUCCAAGCCAAACAUCUUCAUCUUGAAUAAUAGAUGGGAUGCCUCCGCAUCAGAACCAGAAUAUAUGGAAGAUGUGCGCAGGCAGCACAUGGAGCGCUGUCUGACGUUUCUAGUUGAUGAGCUCAAAGUUAUUGAUCCUGUAGAAGCAAGGAAUCGCAUCUUUUUUGUUUCAGCAAAAGAAGUUCUGAGUGCUAGGAGACAGAAGGCCCAAGGAAUGCCAGAGGGUGGUGAAGCACUUACUGAAGGAUUUCAAGCAAGAUUCCAAGAAUUUCAACAUUUCGAGCAGAUAUUUGAGGAGUGUAUCUCGCAGUCAGCCGUGAAAACCAAGUUUGAACAGCACACUAUCAGAGCUAAACAGAUAAUAGAUACUGUGAAAAACAUUAUGGACGACAUAAACAUAGCAGCAGCAGAGAAAAGAGUCCAUUCAAUGGAGGAGCGAGAAGACCAGAGGGAUAGACUGGACUUUGUUCGAAAUCAGCUGAACAUUUUGACAGAAGAUACUAAGGAAAAAAUCAAACGUGUUACUGAGGAAGUAGAAAAUAAAGUCUCCUCUGCCAUGACUGAUGAGAUUUGCCGACUUUCAGUUUUAGUUGAUGAAUUCUAUUCAGAUUUUCACCCUUCUCCUCAAGUGUUGAAGCACUAUAAGACAGAAUUGAACAAACAUAUAGAAGAUGGUUUGGGAAAGAACCUGGCUGACCGUUGCUCCAGCGAAGUCAAUGAGUCAAUGCAUCAGUCACAGCAGGAGAUGAUUGAAAAUCUGAAACCAUUGUUGCCUUCUGCUGCUCAUGAUCAGCUCCACUUGCUAAUUCCAUGCAGGAAAUUUGAUCUUAGCUAUGAUCUAAACUGUCAUAGCCUGUGUGCGGAUUUUCAGGAAGAUAUAAUGUUCCACUUUUCCUUGGGAUGGACUUCACUCGUAAAUCGUUUCUUGGGUCCUAAACAGGCUCAGCGAGUGCUGUUUGGACUAGCAGAUCCAAACUUACAAAUUUGGAAAACAGUAGGCUGGAAACUCAUCUCUCUGUCCUUAAGUAUGUAUGGGUUGUUAUAUCUCUAUGAAAGACUGACUUGGACCACUAGAGCAAAAGAGAGAGCCUUCAAACAGCAGUUUGUAAACUACGCUACUGAGAAGCUGCAGAUGAUCGUCAGUCUUACCAGUGCUAAUUGCAGCCAUCAGGUUCAACAGGAAAUGGCCACUACCUUUGCUCGGCUCUGUCAGCAGGUGGAUAUUACCCAGAAAAACCUGGAAAAAGAAAUUGCUAGGCUUUCCACAGAAAUAGAUCAGCUGGAGAACAUACAGAGCAACUCCAGGGAGCUAAGAAAUAAAGCCAUUCACCUUGAGAAUGAACUAGAUCGCUUUACAAAGCAUUUUCUUCAAAAGAGUAAAUGAAACAGCCUUGCUCACUUUCCUGGGGAUCCUUUGUAGGACAAAGUAGAAAUUUUACAGAUUAUACUUCUCUCUGGAGUCACAUGAAAUUAUUUCUAUUUUAAAUGUUACUUUGAUUACACUUGUUAAUUAUUGUAAAAUUUGUUUUGGACUCAGAUGCUGAACCAAACUGAAGAGCUGUGGCACUCGGUUAUGUUUGUUUUGCAGAUUUUGAGUUAAAAAUUACCUUAAAACACUAAAUUUCUUUGGGCACUCGACAAUAAAAACCCAAACUCUUAUUGGUUUUCAGUAGUGUUGGGGCAGUGGCACGUCUCGCUUCCUGGCAUCCAGGAGUUGCUGCGGGGAGAGAGAGCUUAUCACAGUCACUGCUGUCUCCUGUUUUCAGUUGCUGAGGAGUGGGCCAGGGCUGGGUGCUCCUGCUGCUUUGUGUGGGGUGGUGGGUAAGGAAGGGAAGCACAAGCUCUAGCAUAGGGAAAGGGUCACUGUUUUGAAAGCAAGUGAGAUUAUGCUGGGCAGCAGUUCCUCUUCCUCAAAUGGAAGUGAAAGAGGACUGAACUGUGGAGCACUCGCUGAUGAAACGCAGUAGGCUCCAGUUUCCCCUCUGGCUUCCCCAUCUAGCCAGGGUGGCACUGCUGAACUAAAAAUAACCUUCUUUCAACACAUUUGUCAGGUUUCUCAUAGUUUGUAAAGUGGUGAUGUGGUCAUUUGCCCAGGAGAGCACUGCCAGAACCCAUGGCAGAGCCGCAGGUGUGGGUCACUGCCACCACGCCCACAUCCACGCGAAGGGGAGUUUGCCAUGUAGAUUGGGCUUCACUCACCUGGAGGUGUUGGGUAGGGAAGCUCAGGGUGUCAGGCUUGACCUUGAGCUUCUGCUGCUGGAUCUCCAGGGCCAGGAGAGGGUGGGUUUGACUGGCUUUACUCAGGUGAUGUCCUCAGCAGCCCCUUAGAUCUUCUGUAGAACACGUCUCCUCCAGGAAAGGCUUAGGGCAGCUGUGUCAGCUUAGUUCCCUCUGUGUGCAUCUCCAGCAAGGCAAAGCCUCUCUUAGAACAAACAUUUUUUGCUGUUGCCAUCUGCAAUUACUUAACACCUGUUUUUUUCUACCUUGACUUUUAAAAAAUAACUUAUUUUAAAAAUAAAAGCCUUUUCAAAAUAUUUAUAUAUUUUUAUGGAAGUGUUAACAUGACUAAAUGAAAUCUUCAACAGUAAACAAGGGCUACUGUCUUAAGGAAAUAGAUGUAAAAUCUAAUGCUAGAGGCAGUUAAUUAUUUAAAGACAAAGCAAGAACACUUGUUUUCACCAGAGUAUUUUAGUGCUUGUUUCUGACUGUGCCAGCCUAGGCUUGGCUCUCUUGGAACUUUGUUAACAGCGUUGAGGUAUUUGAGGGCAACUGAGCUACAGCCCAGCCUUGUUGUGCGUGAGGUUACAGGUGUGUAACAAUGCUCUCCGGUGGGAGCCUUUUCAUGGAUGUUGUAUCAAGAUAAAACGUUCCAUGCAUGUGUUCUACAGUUAUUUAUUAAAAAAAAUACUCCCCCUGUGUCCUAGUAAGUUAUUGGGCAGGGGGAGCGGAGGGGAAGGCCUCACCCUGUCAUAUCCAUAACCGCUGAGGUGGAAUUGCAAUAAGCUGCUUCCCAGAGCAGCCCGGCACGCAGAGCACUUUGUACAGCAGCUACUGAGCAGUUACAUGGUUUGGGGAAAAUAAUGCUGUAGACUUAAAGAAAAAGGCGUGUGCCCUAAGGGAGUGGGGAUUGUGUAAUGGGAAUCCUGAUGUCAAGAACAUCAGUCUAAGACUGAUUUGGUUUUCCCUGGCCAGGACGGGUGCCCAAGUCCCAGCUGGGUCCCCUGCUGCAGCAGCCCCAGGCUGCCCGGGGAAGGCACUUGCAUUAUUUGUUCCUCAGGGCAGUUUACCUCUCUACCAUCUGGCUGUUCAACAUGCACCCGAACCUUGCACUUCAUGGGGACCAGGAAAGCAGAGGUGAUGGCUGUAGGUGGAGCUCAUCUGUGCUUCCCGCGUUGGGAGGAACCUUUGAGGCAGGGGACCUGCAGCACAAAGCAUUCACCACUGAGAGGGUCUGGUUAAAAGCACUUGUUUAUUGGUUACAAUAUCAACUCAUGGCAACAUCUUUCACUGAGCCACUGUACAAAUACAAAGAAAAGAUCCAUCGUGGGGAAAAAAAAAAAAAAGCUAUAAACAGAGUUCAUAGCAAGUGAUAUUUUUUUUUCACAGGGAAGUCUUUUUACAACAGCACUGUUAAAGAACAAAUGGCACGAGUCCCUGGUUUUUUUAAUAGCUUAAAUAAAAGCUUUAAGACUGUUUCUGAAUACAUACACAAUCCAAAGGCAGUGCAGAAUCACUUCAUAAUUGGUAACAUGACCAAAGUUUUCCAAAGUAGUCAGCAACAAGUUAAAAAAAACCAACAAAGGUAGCCAAUGAGAAGUGCUGGAACUAAAGGCAAAUUAAACCCAAGCAUGUUUAGAAGCAUUUUGUUUUGGACUCCUUUGGAUGUAAUAUGUACUACAAGUGUUCCGAUGCUUUUAUUUAAAAAAAAAGGAGAAAAACACAAAGAGAGCACCAUCGUGUAAGUAAAACAAAGGCUUGAAAUACCUAAGACUACUCCACCGAAGUCCAUAUUAGUUAAAACCUAAACAUACUGUGUGGUAUAAGAAUGUCAGGCACAUGUAAUCUGUUAUCAGUUAUAUCAAUUAGUAACACUGCUCACACAUUUACCAUAACAACACUGCAUUAACAUUCUGCAUGUAUUUUACAUAACCAGCAAUUGGAUAAAAAGGCUUGUGGUGCCUCUGAAGUGUAGGAAGUAGUUUUACCAGCAUGCAUGCCAGAUUACUGUAUACAAAGUGCACCAUCAACCCAUGCUUAAUUACUUUUACAGGAAAUGCUAUCUCAAAAAUCAGUCAUUCUGCUACACAACCAUUUAUACCAACGAGCUGAAUUAGCCAAUACUCUCACCAACAUCUUAAAGCACAGCACUAAACCUAGUGGAGGUGACAGUGUCCUCAGAGAGGGACGACUAAACACUCUUGGAAUGUUAUCACAAUGUUUUCAUUCCACCUUAACAUAAUGUGAACUUCAUUGUGGGACAAGCGGUUACACUAACUGAAUUAGAGUUAACUAUUUCCACCCCAUGCAUUACAGUAAGCACACUGGGACCAGCUCGUACAUUGGUUCAGCUCUGCCAAAUCAAGGUCGGGCCCUCUCCUUAGGCAGGGGGAAAAGCCUAUUUAAUCCGCAUUCCGUCUCCGAUGGUGUAUGUUGUUGUCAUACAAGGACCCAGCAGUUCUGCCAGGAACUGAGACAUAUCUGCAACCGAGCAGGGCAGAGGACAGUGAUGUUUGGAAGAAAAAAGGUCUGGCGGCAGAUGGGAACAGGCUCACAUUACUGGAGUAAGCGAGUGUACAUCAGCAAGAUGCCACACAGCAGCAUUUUGGUUUCCAGAAUCCCAACCAGUAUCUCUAGCACACAGGCAUGAACCCAGGCUGGGCACUUGCCUGGUGAGUAUUCUCUAUUGCAAAGUUAAAUCAACAUUGGGAAACGCUGACAAAAACUGUACCUGAAUAAAACAGACCUGGUUACGCGAAGCACACAGUCCCAUUUUCUAAGCCAUAACCAACGGACUUUCAGAAGAGAGGCUGGGGAAGAGCUGCCUUGCCACUGCUCUUGCGCAGUGUUCUCAGUUAUUCAUUUUAUAAUCGCACCAGUUAUCUGAAAUUCAGAUAGCAAUGUAGUUUGGCAACAAACUUUUAAAGGCAGGUUAAGGUGUACCCGCUCGUGCUGCAGCAUCUGCUGUGUAACCAGGGAAUCAGCUCUCACAGUGCAUGGGGAGAAGUCCCACAAGCUGCACACUUCAGCCUAUACCAAACUAUAGGCACAAACCACUGAGAUUCACAGCUGGCAAUAAAGCCUUCUACUUAAAACCUAAUGAAGGAUCAUUUUAUAACCUUCCCCAUAUCUGAAGGAGGUUAAGCUUUCACCAUUAAAGCCACAUCUUUAGUAAGGGCAUCGAUCUGGAAAGAUCACCAACAGCCAUUCAGAAAAAGGAACACCACAGCCUGACAAGUUCAUUACUUGGCCCCAUCCAACAAUGUGUUACCUUAAACACAGUAAUUAAACAGCAACCAUCACCAUGGCAGGAUCUAUCACAAGUAUCCUACCAGUUCCCAAGAAGUAGCAGACAUGGUUUCCCCAGUCAUGCUCGGGUUUACUCUGGGUUUCCUUGUGCGCCAACGCCAAAGGAGGCACCUCAGGACCUGCAGUGCUACAAACCCCAGUUAAGCCAGCAGUAAAAGCUGGCAGAGAGCUGUGUGAUGCUGUUGGAAACCUCACUGACAAGUGGCUGCCAUUCCCUAUUAUUCAUUUUAAAAGCAGCCGAAUCCAACAGACAGCCCCAGCAACAAUGACAGUGACAUUAUUUGCACCGAUACCUGUACGAGAGCCAUGUCCAUGUUCACAGCCCACCUCAACUUUUAAGAAAAGUUAUAUACAUUUGUAAAAUUGCUUUUGGAGUUUUCCAAGUAGAAACCACUUUAAUACCAGAAUGUAAAAAUGGCACCUGUCUUCGCAAUGGUGUUGACUAGGAAAUUGGUUCAAAACACAUUUCCAUGGAAAAAAGGUUUUAGAAAAAGAAUAUAUUUCUUACAAUUCCUUAGUAACAAAUUUCCAGAAUGAUUUACUCAAGGCAGCUGUGAGUUAAAAAAAAUAAUCAAGUGUACCACUAAAAAACCAAACUGAGUCUGCUCUCUUCGGAGAGUAACAAGAAUUCCACAAUAGUUCUGUUAAUGCAGACAGAUCACAAAGCAAAACGCUGAGGAAUUCCUGUAACACAACACAGUGUGAUUGUGGUCCUACGCCACAGCCUGCUGUUAAUAGAUGUACACUUCUCCAGCACAGGAUGCACCUUUCUCUUUAAAAGUUAAUUUACUGUGAUUGACCGGUACAUUGAUCGGCUACUUCACCAUUACAGACGUGGCACGUUUACAGGCACAGUCUGGAAGUACUGAAAUUUAGGAUUCCGAAUGUCAGAAACUUGACAAAUCAUCAUCUCUGCCACAGAUCUGUUUUGGUGUAUUACAAGAUACUGGGAACUUAUAUUUACUACCUGACCCAGCGAUCCCCAGGCUCCCCAUAAUGUCAGAUAAGGGCAGAUUAACAUUCUCUUCCGACCCGAUUAUUUAAAAUUCACAUAUAUUUAAAAUAAGUCACUGAGGAGAAGCCGAUAGACUUAAUUCCCCCUUCCAAAACCACUGCACACAUUCUGAUUCCCAAGAGAACACCCAUUGGAAGCACAGGCACGCUGCCAGGCACUAAGAAGUUCAGCGAUCUUCCCGAGUAGUUUCAAAUGGGCAUCAGUCACUUGGUUUUCCUCUAUCUACACUCAAUUGUACGUGAUCAGAACCUAUCAUCUAUAAGCAAGAGACAUAAAAAUCGGAAUAAAAUCAGGAGUAGGAGAGGAAAAUGUCUAUUUACAGUGUCAGAGCUGCAGAACAACUAGCAUCUAAAUAAGCCACCAUGGCACAGACCUCUGUGAGCGCAGGAGAACAAGCAAGCCGCUAAGUUUAUGGUGUCAAGCUUUAAAGGGUCACACAGGUAAGUAAGGUUAUUUGGUUCCUUGUAAGUUACACAAUUCCUUUUAUAAUUCACACUGCACAUAACUGACAACAAGCGCUUUUGGUUGUGGUAUGCUUUGGCAAGCCCCUGCUUUGGAGGGGGAUUACAGGCGAUUAACUGCACAUUUAAAUCUUCUUUAAGAAUUCAAGCAAAGUCCUCCUGAAUUUCUCAGCUGAUUGUGGUAAUUGAGCAAGCUUUGCAAAUGCACUGCUCUCUGCACUCCGAGCAUCACGCCAAAUCAUUUUGUUAGUGCAAAGCAGCUGAGUUUGUGAUGGGGCAAAACUACCUCAUCUCCUUAGAGCUGCACUGUCCAAAAGGAAAAGCACUCAGCCACUGACGCCACCAGUGCAGGUCGCUUGGCUUCCAUACCCGAG